UUUAUUCAGAAACAGAGGAUCACUUCAUAAAGUGUUGGAUACAAUCAUACGUGAACGUCACUUUUUAGACAACAGACUUUGUAAGGCGUUUGCCAUUUUGACCAUGACGCAAAAAUGUACUAUCGAUCAGAUUAAAGGCUUCCUAAUUGACCUGCAGUCUCAGUUAGAUGACAUAAAAGAAUCCAAGAAAGAUACCGACGACUUACAGUCUGAGUUAGAUGCUACAAUUCAAUCCAAGAAAGAUAACGAGGGACUCAGACAACCAUCUUCUUGGUGGGGACGGAUCAGAGAAGCAGUAAAAAAAGGUUUAAAAGUGAAGAAAGAGACGUCCACCCAUGCAAGUGACAGCGGGGAAGGCAGCCAAGGCGGAAGCAGAAAGAGCAAGAGAAGCCCCCGCCAAGAUCAAGAAGAUGCAAACCUCGAGAUCUCGAAACUGCAAAACGACAUUCGUCAGAUGAAGGCUGCGUUUGAGAAACUGGAUAACUUCCAAAGCAGUAUCAGCAAGUCGUUGAAGACCGAAGUGCCUUUAAACAAACUAAAAGCAAUACUAUCCAAGACUGAUUCGGUCAAGUCCCGAGCUCGGGAUCUCAAGGAAAUCAGAAGAAAGGUCCUUAACUUGAAGGGUCAGAUCCCAUCAUUGCUGAAGAAACAAUCAUCCAUAGGUUUAAGCGUCACGGAUUCUCAAACCGCUGAGGAAAACGGUGAGAUCGUUGAGACAGGGAGCGACAUAUUCUUGCCUUCCCUCCACGCUGAGACAGAGAGCGACAUAUCCGUUGAUUUCAAACACUCGUCAGCCUUUGAAGAAGUUGUGGAUACGUUUGAAGUCCUUGAGUUUCAACACAUGCUAUGCUUGCUGUCCUUGGCCGUGUUCCCGGAGAACAAAGAGGUUAAAAAGACAAUGCUGAUGUAUUGGUGGAUCGGAGAAGGUUUCAUCGCCUACGAAGAGUCCGAGAACACGGUGACGACGAUUCUUGAUGAAUUUUCAAGAAAAGGAUUGAUUGAGGCGGUGGAAGACGAGAGGAAACUAAAACCGAGUGGUUACAAGAUGGAUCCUCACGUGCACGCUGCGGUUGUGUACCUAGCCAGGCGUAUGGAGCUGUUUGAUCUCUAUUCCAAAGGGAAGCUUAAGAUGAAACGUUCAGAGAGGAACAACGUCUGCCUAGUAAAAGGCUCCUCGUUGCAACCAGAGGCUAAAGCAUCUAAGAUGCGACCCAAAGAUUUGAACUCUGUUUUCAAUUCCUCCGAACGUUACCCUGAUUUCACGUUCAAGUGGUUCCCGGAGAUGGAAACGCUUAAGGUGCUUUAUUUAGGAAGAUGGGAACGCACAGCACAGCGUCACAUUGAAGUCGAGAGCACAAAGUUUCUCAAGGAUAUGAAGUCUCUGAAGAAUCUGAGGCUCGUGAGUUUUCAAGGGAUCUCGAGGAUCGAGAACCUCAAAGAUCUCACUUGCUCGCUUCCGGAGCUGGUUAUCUUGGAUCUUAGAGCGUGCUACAAUCUAGAGGGUCUUCCUAAAGACAUAGGCUCGCUGGAGAGUCUGGUAUACUUGGAUGUAUCGGAGUGCUAUAUGCUAGACCGCAUGCCUCCAGAGGUUUCACGUCUUAGGAGACUACAAGUUCUUAAGGGGUUUGUGAUUAGUGAGUCCGAUGAUGAAAAAGAGUGUGCGGUUAAAUACUUGGUGGAGCUAAGGAAGCUAAGCAUUACAGUAAACAGAUAUGAUUUCAGGGUGGAAGAUUUUAUGGAGUCGUUGAAAGACCUGGAGCAACUUGAGAGCCUGAAAAUAGCAUGGGGGGCUCGGUUCCGGGAUGAAACUCAGAAACAUAAUAAAGAUCUAAAGGAAGGAGAAGAUGAUGAUGAUGAUGAUGAUGAAGCGCAAAAGAAGGGACAGAGAAGCGAGGAGAAGAAGGAUGGAAAUAUAGAAGAAGGAAAGAAGCGCCAUGAUGAGGUUAAUGCAGAGAGCUUGAAGUCUGUUGAGGGAGACAAGGGGAAUGCUGCUCAAGAGGAAGGAAAGAAUGUGAAUGAAGAUAAGGGGAAGGCUGGUACAGAAGAAGAAGGAAAGAAACAAGAUAAGGUAGAUGAAGAGAAAUCAAGAUCAGAAGAUGGUGUUGAAGGAGUUAAAAAGGGGAUUCCAUCCUCAGAAUCAACAAACACAAUAGAGAGCAAGAAAACAUAUGACAAACAAGAAGAGAAAAGAGAUGGUGAAAAGGAGAAGGUUAAUCCAGAAGAAGAAAAGAAGAAAGAUGAGGUGAAAGAAGUGACCUCGAAACCAGAAGAUGAGAAAAAAAGUCCACCACAAGAAUCAUCCAAAGACACUGUACAGAGCAAGGCAGAUGAAGGUGACAAACAAGAAGAGAUAAGAGACGGAGAAAAAGAUAAAACAAAAGGAGAGAAGAAAGAUGAGAAAACAAGUCCACCACAAGAGUUCAAACAUACUGUCACGAACAAGCCAGAUGAUCAUCACAUACAAGAAGAGAAAAGAGACGGAGAAAAGGAUAUAAUAGAGGAAGAAAGGAAGACAAGUCCGGCGCAAGAAUCCAAAGACACUGUACAGAACAAGCCAGAUGAAGGUGAAAAACAAGAAGAGAAAAUAUUUAAAACAGAAGGAGAGAAGAAAGUUGAGUUAAAAGCAGAGAACUCUGAACCAGGCAAGGUAGAUAAGAAGACAAGUCCACCACAAGAAUCCAAAGACACUGUACAGAGCAAGCCAGAUGAUGAUCAUCACAUACAAGAAGAGAAAAGAGACGGAGAAAAGGAUAUAACAGAAGAAGAAAAGAAGACAAGUCCGGCGCAAGAAUCCAAAGACACGAUCCAGAGCAAGGCAGAUGAUCACAAAGAAAACAGCAAAGUGCAGGAAAAAGGAGAUGGAGAAAAGAUCAAGCCUGCUUUAAAGAAGCCUGAUGAUGAUGAAGGAGAAGCAAAGACUCAGAAGUUAGACAAGAACAAGCUUAGUAAGAAAGUAAGCUUUUCUGAAGAACCGAGAGCUCCUGUUCAGAAGAAGCCAGCUACCAAGGAAUCUGGAUCAAGAACAUCAAAACUGUUCACUAUGAAAAAAACUGAAACCAAGAAACUGGGGAAAGGAAUGAAAGAAGAUUUGGGGAUAGGCACCUCUAAGCUUCCUUCUAGCUUGAAGAAGUUAGAGCUAGAAUGCUACCCUAAAAAGGAACCUCCAGUUUGGUUAAAUCCCAAAACACUUGACAAUCUUACAAAGCUCUCGAUCAAAGGAGGAAACCUUAGCAAAUUCAGUGACGAACCUUUAAAUGCAGAAAACAAAUGUGGCGUUGAGAUCUUACGUUUGAAGUACUUACAUGAAUUCAAGGCUGAGUGGAAAGAUCUGCAGACACUGUUUCCACGACUGAAGCUGUUGGAGAAAUUUAAAUGCCCGAAAGUCGCAUUCUGUCCCACAGAUGGUCAUGGUGUCUGGAGAUCACAUCCAUAGACAUCACUAAGUAUUUCCAAUAACACUUAUUUAUUUCUCUUGUUUCAUUAAGGGCAAAAAGCCUUUCUAACUUCUUUAGAGCUUGUGUAUAACACUGAAUAAAUAAACAUUUCUAUUUUAUGUAAUCAAAUAAAUGUCUUCUAAAACAUGACCAUUGUACU